CUCCUUCUUCCCUCCCUCCCUCUCUCUCACUCUCUCGCUCCCUCUCUCUCUCCCUCUCGAUCUCGAUCACUUCUCCGGAAGAAAGAAGAGCGAAACAUCGAACUGUAGGAGGAGCGAUCGAUGGAGGCAGGGGCGGGUUCCAGGCAGCGGCAGCGGCGGAGGCCUCACGGAGCAUUCAAGUGUCUAUAUGGAGGAGAUCCAAAGGGUUCUCAGCUAAGAGAAAUUGAACGAGGAUCAGAUAUUAUAGUGGCAACACCUGGUCGGCUUAAUGACAUCCUGGAGAUGAGGAAGAUCAACUUCCACCAAAUUUCUUUUCUUGUGCUUGAUGAGGCAGACCGUAUGCUUGACAUGGGUUUUGAACCUCAGAUACGAAAGAUUGUGAAUGAGAUUCCUCCACACAGGCAGACUCUCAUGUACACAGCAACUUGGCCUAAGGAGGUGAGAAAAAUAGCUGGGGAUCUACUGAAGAAUCCUGUUCAGGUGAAUAUUGGCAGUGUUGAUGAACUUGCUGCAAACAAAUCUAUCACACAGUACGUGGAGGUGGUUUUGCCCAUGGAUAAGCAGAGGCGCCUGGAGCAGAUUCUUAGAACCCAAGAACGUGGAUCCAGAAUCAUCAUCUUCUGCUCAACAAAGAGGCCGUGUGAUCAGCUGGCCCGUAGUAUUCGUAAUUUCGGCGCUGCUUCCAUUCAUGGCGACAAGUCUCAGGGUGAAAGGGAUCAUGUCUUGUAUCAAUUUCGCACAGGGGAGGCACCGAUUCUAGUUGCUACUGAUGUUGCUGCGCAGGGACUUGACAUCAAAGAUAUCAGGGUGGUGAUUAAUUAUGAUUUCCCCACGGGGAUUGAGGAUUACGUCCACCGGAUUGGACGAACUGGGAGGGCUGGGGCUACUGGAGUAUCUUACACCUUCUUCUCAGACCAAGAUUGGAAACAUGCAGCCGACCUAGUAAAAGUUCUUGAAGGUGCAAACCAACAUGUUCCACCAGAGGUUCGGGGGAUGGCUGCACGCGGCGGGCCCCUUGUUCCCAGGUCUCGUGCUGGAAUGAGCCGCUGGGAUUCAGGUAGCAGUGGCAGGUGGGACUCUGCAGGUGGGCGAGGAAUGAGGGAUGGCCUUGGUGGCUUUGGUGGUCGUGGGGACUUUGGAGGUGGCCGGGGCAUGAGGGAUCGCCCUGGUGGCUUUGGUGGGCGUGGCAGUAGGAAUGAUUUCUUUGGCGGGCGCGGGCCUAGAGGCCGUGGAUUUGGAUCAGGUGGACCUGGAGGUUGGGGGCGGCAUGAUCGUGGCCCACAUGACCGAUACAUUAGUCCUGAUGGACGAGGCCGGUAUGAUAUUCGCAGGGGAUUUGGAGAGAGGAACAGAGAACGCAGUUAUAGUCGAAGUCCAGAGAGAGUUCGGACAUGGGGUUAUGAUAGAGGUAGGAGUGAGAGCAGGAGCUGGAGCCGAAGCCGAAGCCGAAGCCGAAGCCGAAGCCGAAGCCGAAGUUGGUCAAAGAGCAGCAGGAGUAGGAGCAGGAGCAGGAGUAGGAGUUAUGACAGGUACGAGAGGCCUCAGGGAGGAGAUUAUGAUCGCUCUCCUGUGACUGCAGCAGCCACAACCACCGCUGGAUUUGAUCCUCCCCCAGUGGCUGGGCUGGAAGCUCCACCUGUACCAGUGUUUGAUUCUUCUUUACCUCUGUCAGGUGAUAUGUCGCCCAUGUCACCAGGGCAGAAUAAUGGAUCCUUCCCUAUAACUGAGCUCACCAGUCAGCUUCCCUUACCUGACUUUCUGGAGUCUAAAGCCUCUCUGGAGCUGCCUCCACAUCAAGCAACCGAUCUGUAAUGCAGCGCAGUUUUGGAGAUGUAAAAUCUAUUUACAGGACUUUCUGACUGAAAAUCUUGUGAAGGAUUAGUAACUCUGGAGGGGCUGGGGAGGAGCCUUUGGUGGCUGAUGGAUGCCCUUUUGGCAAGAAAUUAGUUUUUUCUUUUCUUUGUUUUCAGGAAAGAACCACUAAACCAGGGAUUAAAAUAGUGACUCGAAGGAGGCUUAUUAUGUGGUACUUUUAUCAGUAGAACCGGAGCGUAUUGAUAUGAAUUUUCUUAAGGAAUGUACAAGUUCUACCUGCUUUCAUUCUACUGAAGUGUCGGUUUGAACAUCA